AGCAAGAUGAGGAAGACAGACGGAACAAACGACAAGAUGGAGAUUGUGUGGCAAACCCCCUCAAUUCAUCCUCAACGCCGCGACUACAUUUUCCGAGACGGCAUAAGAUACGUACGGCCCUACUAUUUUGAGUUCGUUUCACAUGCUAAGAACAGGUGGGCAGGGAAGACGAUUGUUGAUUUGUUUGCCGAUGAAUUUAAAGGGCGUGACCGCCAUUAUUAUGUGUCUGCAGUGAAGGCUGGACGUAUACAAGUUGAUGGACAUAUUGUACCCGUAUCAUAUGUAGUUCAGUCAUCACAAAAGAUAAGCCAUUUUUUGCACAGGCACGAACCCCCAGUUAUGGCGAACAAUAUUCAGAUUCUCCAUAGUGAGCCGGAUGUCUUAACUGUCUGUAAACCUGCAUCAGUUCCUAUUGAAUCAGGAGAGGUGAAGAAACAGUAUAUUGCAAGGGUAAUUGGAGAAUUUCCUGACAAUGAGCAAAUAGCUAAUGCAAACGUCAACUACAAUCACCGUGAAGGAAAGAGCACAACAGAGGUCAUUGAUGAUGGUUUUAACGGGAACAAUGCUUCUAAGGGCAAGGUUGCUUGUACAAAAUUCACCAGAAUAAGCACUAAUGGAACAGAAAGCAUCGUUUUGUGUGAGCCAAUUACUGGCAGGACGCAUCAGAUACGUGUGCAUUUGCAGUUUUUGGGGCAUCCUAUAGCUAAUGACAUGCUUUACAUGUCUGAAUGUGUUCCUCUACGUUCGACUGAGGGAUCGAGUGCAGACAGAGCUGCAAAUAAUUCAUGUCCUUUUUUCAUAGAUGAGACUGUUGAAGAUUUUCCUAUUGAUCCUAUGUGUACCAACUGUCCAAAUCUGGCGCCGAAAGGAUAUGAUGGUCGUGAAGAAGGUUUAUGGCUACACUGUGUUAGGUAUUCUGGGCCUGGCUGGACUUACGAGUGCCCUUAUCCUGACUGGGCAUCAAAAAUCACAUUUUGUUCACAUAUGUUGGCUUUGUUGCAUUCUUGCGCAAUAGCUGUUAUAACAAAAGUUCUCAAAGAAAGUGUCUUGAGAAACCUAAUCGAACUUUUGUCGUACAAUCUAUCACAAGUCUCGUCUCUUGUGGGAAUUAUGAUAAACGAUUCCUUUGUCUGUCGCCAACUUGUGUUGAAGCAAACGGAGAUUUGA